CAGUUUGCUUAUGUCAGCAUGUUUCACCCUAUACCACUCAAAUAUUUUUGGUCAAUCCAGCCAACCUCAACAGGCGAUCAUCAACAACACACACACAACCUGAGAAGAAGAUGCCAUCGACACACAUCAUCCCACGGAUCCUCAGGCGACAGCUGAUAACCCAACCGAACCCAUCCAACCCGGAGAGCUUCAUCCUACCAAUCAGGAAACUAUUGAUCGAAUUUAAUCAACAACGACAGAGCCAGAACGGGCUCAGGAACUUCUUGUCGCUCUCCUCGGCACCGGAGUCUAAAAACCCAAGCCUCUACAAGCUCGUCAAGCAAUUUCCAUUCGUCGAGUUCGUCGUCAGACCUACCGGUGGCUCCGGGAUACUCAAAGGGUUCUAUCUCAACAAUAAUCGGAUCAAAACUAUUCCCGUCGAUGGUCUAGAUCCAAAUCAAAUACAGAAAAAAAUCCAACUCUUACUGGAAUCAUCAGGCCAAAAACUCAACACAUUUACCAGGAAAAACUCGAUCUCAGUCUCGGUGGAGAACUCCAAAAACCCCACUCGAGGUCACUACAGUGCCCUCCACCACGAACAUCAUACCCCACUCUCCCGAUUCUCUCAAAAGUUCAAAUAAAAGUCAUCGUCUGUUCUCUUCGAUUAGAUCGCUUCUCGUUCUUUUUGUAUUGAUGUAAAGAAAAACUUCUCGAGAUCGAUCCAGAGUGGUCCCAAUGAGAUUCGAUCCGUCUUGCCUUGAUCACCGCUCUUCAUGUGUGUU